GUAGGUUACUUUUCGAUGUACAGUGACUCAAAGCGGACAACUUUAGCCGCGGUGGUCGUUUGUUUUACCCAAAUGGAAACGCUCCCAGGUUCUUACAAGCUAACUUGAGCGAAGUUUUGUCCGGAUAUCGCGGCCACUAUGUCGGUAAACUGCCAAACAGGUGAGUUGAAAAGCGGUUUUUUUUGGCUGUGCCAGCAAAGCAGUUUAUGACCCGGGUCGACUGUUUUAACCGGCGCAGCACCAGCAUCACCUCUUAUACUCUUAACUGCACCCCAAAACACACGAAUUGUCAGCUUUGUUUCGAUGUUUCAAAAGUUUUGCAAUCUCCUGAUGUUGUUUUACUUGUUUUUGUUUUUUAAUUUCGUUGUCUACACUAAUAUUUACUGUUAAGUGGGAAUACUUUUACGUUAUUUCACUAACUUACAACGGUAGUUUACGUUAGAAGGUGAAGUAGCCGAACUGGACGUAAAGGGACAAUUAUUAAAUAUUGUUUUGACACGAAAUUAAAACUAUAUAAGUCGUGAAAAUGUUAUUUUAAACAAAGUGAAAUACAAGUGUUAAAUACUUUGAGCAAACACCAACUUAAAUGGUGUACAGAUGUAGUAUGCAAGAAAAAAAAACUCAAAAAGACACAAAAAAUUAAGAAAGAUUUGUUUGUUUAAAAAAAAGGUAAAAAAAUAGCUGUAUUCAGAGUGUUAAAGCUCUGUUAUAAGUCCCAAACUACUCAGUUAGAAAUAAAGUUAACAUAUACAUCUCUUAUGUAUGGAAGCCCUGAGGGAACAUGCAACCAUACCUCUUUUUCACUUUUUAUCGAAAUGACAAGUUGAUUUUAUCGCUUUACCAAGAUCUCAACAACAUGAUGAACUUCAUUUUUGUCCCAUAGUUACUCAAGCCCUCACAAAAAAGAGAGAAAAAAGAAACUGGCUGAAUUUACCUCAUUAUUAUUUUCUUUUCUAGAUUAUCCUAUCACAAGAAAAAAAGUUAUAUAUUUCAUGGUUAUUGAUAUUGCUAGUUUUGACAAAUCAACAGGAGAAAUAUCUUGUUAUCACAGUGUAAAUAAAAAGUAUGAAUUAAGAGUAUUCUGAAGCAACUGUCUUGCUCAGACAUAACAAAUGUCAAAGAUAUGAAACAACUUUGAAUUUUGAUGCCAACAACAGCGACACUAAAUCAUCUAGUUCAGUGGUUCUCAACUGGUGGGUCCCGACCGAAAAGUGGGUUGUGGACAUGUUCUGGAUGGGUACGAACAGCUGGUCAAAAAAAAAAUAUAUAUUUAAUCUGAUGUUUGACAUGUCUUUUAUUUUGAAAAACAGCUUAUUUUGAAAGAAAGGUGUUAUGUUGUGGUCCUCCUCGGUUUCUUACUAAUGUGGCCUGAAUGCAGUAAAAAUAAUAUAUAUAUUUUUUUGUCUUUAUUUUGUUGAUUGAUAAAAUCUGGAGAAAACACUAUCUUCACCCCUCAUUCUCUGUGUUCCAGCCAUCCAGGGACCAGGGCAGUGUGGUGACUUCAGGGGCUAGCUUGCCUGCUGCUCUCCCUGUAAAGGGUGGCAGCUGCUGUGGCUGCUGGGAUGCUGAGAAAGAGCAGCAGCCACAGUGGUGGAGGCGGCGGCAUCGCCGGUGGGACGAGGCACACCCAGGGCCUGCCCCGGCACUUCUCCAAGCCCCACAUAGGGUGUCUGCCGGCUGGAACUACCAGAACCUUGGAUUUGGGUCGUGGCUCCAAGAACCCUGAUUUCCUGAGCAGCAUGGGGCUAGUAUCCCACCCAGUGGGGGCCCCAGGAGUGGACCCGGAGUAUGUGAUGCAGCUGGUGAACGAUGUCCGGUGGUUUGCUGAAGUGUUGCUUAACCUGAAGGAGGCGUUUCAGUGUAAAGGUGAGUUCUGGGGGUGCUGGAAUGUAGAGUUCAGGGAAGGGAAGUGGAAACUCAAAUAGUUACACAGCAGUUGUGAGAAAAUGCACGAGUUUUGCUUAAAGUCAUCCUUUCAUUCUCUCACCAGUGCUCAGGUAAAGGUGGGGAAUGUGUUGCAUUCAUGUGAUGAUUGAAAGACAGCCAAAGGGGAAGUAUUAGACUUCUUUAAUGUGGGUUAAGUUGUUUCAUAGCAGCUAUAGAAAACUCAUACUUACUCUGUCUCUUCUGAAAUGGAUUUUACUUUGUGUGUAUACUGACUUUGUUUUGAAAGUAACCUUUGCUCUUUGGACUGAGGCUCUGUCUUUAAAACUUGAUACUCACCGCUGAUGGUAGAUAUAGCUAAAAUUCUCUGCCAGCAAAUUCCACUGCAGAUACUCAGGGAAUGUAUUGAAACUUGUCUUUACCGCCUGCUGUCCACAGGAAUUUUUCUUUGACUCAUGAGUGGAAGAUCACACACAUUAUCUGCCUUGAACCUUUUGUACCAGCUCUCACAAGGCACAGUCGGGCUUAUCAAAUUGCUUUGGAUUAAACCUCCAGGUAUCCUAGUUGUGUUGUUGAGAUAUUACAGCCGAGGCCCCAGCCAGAAGAACCACCUGUGGAGUGUCAGCUUCAAGUGUGAUAACAGCUUUAGUGCUGGAGUGCCUACACUGUUGUUAAUGUCUCAUCAACUACAAACACCCACUCAAGCUACCACACUCAGACAUGUACGCACAGCAGACACCAGGGCAGCUGCAGGUUACUUACUUUUAUAAUUUCUCCACUUGGUUUAAAUGGCUUUGCCUUUUGUUUGCAGACACAAACAAACAGUCCGCCCACACUAGCGCCUGUGUGCUGCUGAACAAGGCUGUGUAGAAACGCUGAUUCUACUGUACUCUCUGCUAUAUAUAAUUUUUCAUAUAAUCUGGUCUGUUUAUUUUCUGAUCCCUCAAUCAUUUUCUUUGUUCGUUGACAAAAGACUGAAGGAGUUUGGAUUGAAAAUUCCCAAAGUUGGACCAUGAGAUAGCUUGUUUAGUUUUACUCGAAGCUAAAUAUUUAAAUUUAUACUCGCAGAAAUGAAGAGAAAAAUAGUUUGGAUGAUUCUUUUGUCUCUAAACCCUGUCUUCUGAUAAUAAGCAGACCCUUGAUUUUUCUUUAUGGCCUCAGUGUUACUCGUACAGAGGGAAUUCCCCCUUUGUAGGAAUGAAUAAUGUGAGACUGCCACUUGUACAACCACUACUACUCCUACUGUUCUGCUAAAACACACGUACUUAAACACACACGCACAUAUAUUCACACAUGCUGGGGUCUAACUGCAGGUCUGGCAGUGGGAGUGAGUUGUUUAGCCAUUCCUCUCUCUGGAGGAGUGAGGCCUCAGUGAGUGAGCCUCGGCCUGCACCGUGCUGAGUGUUACUCUGAACCAUUACAAAAACAUUAAGAAGGAGACCGUGUUAACACAGCUCUUAUUCUGCACGUGCGGAUGAACUCAUACCAUAUGACCCUAAAGUGUCAUUCAGCUAUUUAUCAUUUGGAUUAGUGCUUUAUUUCUGUUAUUCUUUCUCGCAGACUCGCUGACACAAGCGAUUAAGCAAAACAAGUCAUGCAAGAUGCUUCUACUACAAUGUGGCUUGCUGUCCAUUCAAAAGUAAACACUGAGUCACAUUAACUCGGCGCUGACAAAGACUGGCGGAAGAUGGUUACAGUUUAAAUCAGGUGUGCUCUGUCAACAUUUUAAGCAUUAAACACCAGCUGCAAUCUCAGACUGUCAGUCAUAGCAAACUAAAAACAUCUCAACUUUUUAUGGAGGCGCAAUAUCAUGAGGUUUUUUUGUUUUUCAUUAGCCUGCUUGGCGCCACUGGGGCACUCCUAUUUGUUGUCUCCUGAAGCUAAUCUGAUUAUCACCCUUUAAAAGUUUCUUUAAAACUAGGUUCACAUGACGUCCAUUUUUAGCACACUGUCUCUUAUGACUUAAUGCCAAAAAGAGGUGGCAUUGUGAUUCCUCAUACUUUGCAAAUUUGGUUAAAAUGUUGGAUGUCAAUAUUAAAUGUUGACUGUGUUUCAGAUUGUGAGGUAAACAUCUAUUACAGUGACCCAGAGAUGGGAGCUUAUGUGAGAGGGACACAAAAUUUUUCAAAAAUUAUGAUUUUUUCUUCAUCUCUAGGGUCAAAAACAUGUAGCUGUGUUCCAUAAUUUGUAAUUUAACAUGACUUUGUAGCAUGGCAACAGUGGAGGAAGCUUCUGAGGGUUCCAGAGUCUUAGAGAGCAGCUGAGAUAAAGACUUUUUUGAGCUGUAAACCAUGCAAAGCUACGACAGGUAUAUAGGAAGGACAAUAUAAAGCCUGAAAAUGUUGACAGUGUUUCAAAUGGUGAGGUAAACAUGUGUUGCAGUAACUCAAAGAUGAGCGCUUAUGCGAGAGGGACACAAAAUUUGUCCAAAAUUAUGACUUUUUUUGCCUCUUGGGUCAAAAACAUGUAGCUGUGCUCCAUAAUUUGUAAUUUAACAUGACUUUGCAGCAUGGCAACAGCGGCGGAGGCCUCUGAGGGUUCCAGAGUCUUAGAGUGCAGCUGAGAUAAAGACUUUUUUGAGCUACUACAGAGAUAUCAGAAAGACAGUAUAAAGCCUGAAAAUGAGCAUAACUUGGAUGAUUAAGACUUGAAGCCGGACAACAGUGAGUCUCCAUGUAGUUCAGAAAGGCUGCAGGACACAAGGUAGUGAGGAAAGCAGGGAGGAGGUCAGCAGGGACAUUCCAGCUCUGUUUUUUUCUGUUAAUAUUUGGAAACUCUGUCACUGCAGUGCUGGGCAGAGCCGAUAUGAAGCUGUUUUAGCUGAAAGGCAUGCGCCCUGUUGUUAUCUGGCAGGUUUGCGUCGUUCCCAUUGCAGAGACAGGGUUUUGUCUCAGUGUGGGUCUCGCAGCGCCGCCCUUACGCAGAGAAAACCCAGAGUGUUUUGCUAGGACCAUGUUUAUUUUUGUUCUCAGGUCACCCGCCUGCUUUUAGCAGGAUACACAUGCACACCGCAUGUUUGAUUGUCGAAAGCCCACAGUGACACUCCACCAGUGGCCGUAAGCUUGAGUUAACUAGACCCACCACGUUCACACCCACAACUUCACACUUGUAGAUUCCCCAGGGUCAGAUUGCGGUGUCGAUUUACACUUUCACUCAUAACUGGGCCUUCAGUCACACUGCUGUAAAUGUUGUUUCCCAACAAUGGUCAGGCUGUCAAAGAAUGUAACCCAGGAGAAGAAUGUGCAGCUUAUGAGUUUUGACUGGCUAGGUGACCCCUGUCCCCAUCCCCAACCCCAACCUCAACCUCUCAGCACUCAAAAUUAAAUUUGAUUGUUUAACCAUAAUGUCCCAGAAAAUGGCAAAUUGUGAACAUGUCAUUAUGUCAACAGGUUGUCCGACAUAAAUCAUUAUUAUUGCCUCGAAAGGAAGCGGGAGGUCAGAGAGAAAAACAGCAGAACUUUGGCUUUGAAUGCACCGCGAGCAGCAAUAAAUAUGGAACUUAGUGAUGUUUUCCAGCUCUCAUAAAUGUCUGCUGUUUAAAGAAAAGGUGCAUCAAACGUCUCAAUAAAUACUUAAGGGAUUUAACUCCACUUUAAACCUUUUUCUUGCUGCUUUACUUUGUCUUCCUCACUUAACUCGAGUCACACAGAGACCAGCUUCAAUUCCCCCGAUGGCAACAUUACAAGCUUGUAGUACAAGACUGGUAAUUGUACAACAUUUCAGGGCCGAUGUAUUUGAAAGGAAAACGCAAUAAAAAUGUCAGGAGGCUUGCGUUUCAUUUAGUCUUUUUCACGAGUGCAUGUUUUGCUCUGAAAAAGACAGUUUUAGUUAAUGGUUUAAAUCGGGAUGAAAAAGGAGUCGAGCCGAGCUGCUGUCCCCCUCCCAUCCCCCCACUCUCCUGCAUACUCUGCAUUCCUUUAGAACAAAUGUUCACUUGUAGCUAUAGUGGCUUCACUAGACUAAUGGUAGGUGUAAGGCAGAUUGGCUAUAAAAAGUCAGCUAAAAAUAAUCCAUUUCAGGAUUGGCAUCAUAAAUAUAACUUGAAAGAGGCUUCAUUUAAAGACAGGGAGGUAAAUUAUUCAAUAUUUCAUAAUAGGAAAGGUGAAAUUGAUGCUUUUUAAAGAAAUCUGAGGGAAAUGUAUCGUUUAUUUUGACAGAUUUUAGGGGGAUUUAAGAAAUGUUAUUGCAGAGGUAUUAUUUCUCCACACUUUUCAGCAUACCAAAACAGGCCGACUUUGCACGUCUCUCAGAAAAUGUUAAAGUUUACCUUCAUUAUCAACCUUGAAAGUUCAGGAAUGUGCGCUGACAACUGUGCUGCGGUGGAAGCUAUGGAAUCGGUGAACAGGAUGAGGUUUUAGCUUAAAAAUAUCUUUAGUUACAACAACAAAUAGCCACCGGGACACUGUCGGCAAUUCUAUUUCCUCUCAAGUUUCUGGGCUGAAGCGAGUGUGGGUUACUUAUUUUAGCCUUUUAGCCUCAGGUGGAAAAGAACAACAAAAGCGUUUCUCACCAGCUCUUUUUAUUGCCCCACUUUAGCCAAGAACAAACAUCUCACAUAGCAAACUUGAAGCGUUUUUGUCUUUUUCUUUACUAUAGAUAAACAAUGGACACCCUCCAUUAUGCUCCAUACAGUGCAUAGCUUUGUGAGAGGAGGUAUUAAAUAUCUUUGAAGAAGGAAGAUGUCCAGCUGACUCAUGGGUUCUCCUCUCACUCUGAAAACUGGCUUUUUUCAACUGUUUGGUGUCAUCAUGACACUCUGAUAAGAUCUGGCUGCAGUCCAGUCAAACAGCAUUGUUCUGUUUUUCACAGUACCAGUCUGUAUCUGUGCUGUAUUGUUAUCAGAAGGACAGACUCUUGUUUUUUUUUUGAAAGUGUUGAUAAAACUGACAAAAAUAUGUGAAGUUAUAACUCUAACUCACAGGGACUUGUUUACUUUUCUUCUCAGUGUCGCAGAGUUGUUUAUUUAUGGGCCUGUUUAGCUUUUGUUAAAAAUCAUUAGAAUUGCCGUCUCAUGUCAGGGGGGAACAUUUACUUUUGUGGUGUCACUUUGAAUUAUUAUAGACUAUUCUGCCUUUUCUUGCAGAAACAGCUUUUCCCCUCUGAAUUUACCUGAUAUAAAAGCAGUUUACAGGCCGUAAAAGCCACCAUCACUCUCUAAAAGACACAUCUAGCAACAGCUACCGCAGACAUCUCCUUUUCUCACUCAAGUACCCCCUGUGCCAGCUGAAGUGGCCACUUGCGGGUGGUGCCUUCAAUUGAGGAAAAAAAAGCUGAAUUCUAGCACAUAAUGGUUUAAUGGCCUGCUGCUCUUAGCAGAAAGAAAGGAGAGAUUUGCUGGGCAGUAACUUUCCCCUGUGAUGCUGAAGGAUGUUUUUGUGCAAGCUUGUGGUCGGGUGUGUUUCCUGGGGUGGGAUUUAUGGUUAUGGGCCCUGGAUGUUUGUGUUGGAGAUUGGUCAUGGCGAGGGGGGGAUUGGCCGGCGGAGCUCCUGCUGGCAGGAGAGGGGGCGUCACCUCAGGCGAUUGGGGGAGACCUGCUGAAAUUUACAGCUGUGGACCAGGCCUGUGCACAGAGAGGGGCUGAGUCCAGGUGAUGCUGCUUUGUGAGUCUAGUUCAUGUUGCGUCAACUUUCUAGACACAACAAAAAUGAAAUUUACCCGUCCAGACAAAUUCUGAGAUCCCUUGUCUCACACGUCGAAUGCAAUUAGUCAUUCCUGUUACCCAAUACAGCAUACCUCAACUCACAUUCCCAUACUGUAGUAGGUGAUUCACUGGCAUUCAGGUUGUUGGGGAUUGAGUCACCACGUUUUACUAACUUAUGUGUUGAAGUCAUUCCCAGACGCAGUGGGAGAUCAGGGUAUUAGUGGAAUUAAACUUGUUAACAACCUGUCUUUGUUUUCAACAUGGCACACAAAUGUUGAUUUGAUUUGUCAAGUUUGCUGACAAAAGCUCAAACACUGCUUGGUUGAUGCUUUUCAUGAUUGAAAUAUGCUGUUUUUUCUUUGUAGAUUUUAUUCAACUUUAAUUCCCCAAAAUAGAAACUCAGUCUAAAUGUUCAAAUGUAGUUUUUUUUUCUUCUUCUUUUCAGGGUUUAGUUCUGAUCUGCUUUUGGAUGCAGUGAUGAACUUUUCACAGAUUAUAACUGUUGAAAGAGAUUUGAGACCAUACAGUGAUUUCCACUACAGAGUCAUGUCUGUUUUAAUACUGUCAUGUAGGGCUGGGUGAUAAACCAAAAAUUUAGUGAUACCAAAAUUUACGACAUAACCAACGUCAUUUUCAAUAUCAAUAUAUUCAAUGUCAAAAAAAUCAAUAAAUAAAAGUUUGUUUUGGAUGUGUGUAGGUAGGCUAUGGUCUCAUGUCCCUUUGAGACGUUGUAACGCGUUGGAGACGUGACUCCACCCCAUCCAGUCCGUAACAAAGAGGUAAAGACAGGUGAGGAGAUGGAGGACGGUUCAAAAGUUGAAAAGUUGGCUGAAGUAGACGAAGUUAAUGUGGGAGGCGGUGAGCAGCUUGUGGAGUAGUUAUCAUCCAUUUAUCGUUAUUAUAUAUUUUCGUGAUAUUGAUUUGAGGCCAUAUUGCCCAGCCCUACUGUCACGGGCCUCUCAGAGCGUUUCCAUCCAGUAUUUUAUAUUCUUACUGGGAAUUCUCCUGGUUUUCUCAAUCUUUUAUCGACGCUUUAUACCAAAGAUGGUGAAAUCCCCAAAUUCUUUGCUCACACAGUCUCUCACUCAGUGGUCAACCUCUCGCCAUCUUCACUUUUGAGAAACUUAGCCUCCCUGGGAACCUCAUUGUAUACCCUGUCUUGUCACAAACCUGUGGCAAAUCAACCCGAAUAGUUCAAAGAUGUUCUCCCAGUUGUUGAUUUUGUACAAAUACACAACUUUUUUUUUAGUGUUUUGUUCUUGGACAAACUUUAAAAAAGGAUUGCUGGCAGCAGAUUUAGGUACUUUCAAGAAACAAUGAGCAGUAUUCAGUUUCAACAUUUGAUAUGUUGUCUUGAGCCAUAUUUAAAUAAAUACCAGGUUUGAAUGAUUUUUAAAAACAUCAAAAUGUGUUGUUUUUCUGUUUUUUUGUGUGUGUGUGCAGCAUCUCAACUUUCUUUAGAGCUGGGGUUUUAUUUGUGUCUCUCUUUUUUCGCUGCUUUCACAAAAGUAUUCACAACAAAGCUGAACAAAUACAGUCAGAGAAUAGACGACAAAGACCAGACAGUGUACACAAGCAUGUGAAAAAAAGAUGCAAAUAUAAAGACAGUACAAACACAGAAAAUACUUAUUUACACAAAUUAAAAUAUUAUCAUUUCACAAGUAUGAACCAGCUUUAAAAAAUACAAAUACUGCCGAGUAUGUGGACGUUAAACGCAUAUAAAUUAGACAGGAUAUAUUUAAAGUUGAUAGUGUAAUGCAUGUUUUAAAUGAACCUGUUAGUGCCAAUAACCCCAAAAGGAAGCAAAAACAGCCAAUAAGGUUCUAGUUUAGACAGGAAUGUUGAAGUUAGUUGUUAAUGCGUCCGAGCCUUUAUGUCCUGUUUUCCUCUUCCGCCUUAUUUCAUCUCCCUCACACACACUGCCACACACACACACGCACACACUGAUUGUUGAUUCAGGAAUGCGCUCUUGUUGUUCACCUGCUCCAUAGUCCCCUCCAACAUGUAAUGAAGUGUCAAAGAAUUAGCCCGACUGUGAAGUCCGGACCUCACAGAGUGCUCUUCACUAAUAGGCUGAGAGCAGGUAGCUGUUUAUGGAGUGCCUGCUGUUUACUGUCUGUGUGAUGUCUGGGGCCCACUCUGUCUCCAAACAAGGCAUGGGAUAGACGGAGAGGCACCCUGCAAUGCCGCGUUUGUUUGGACAGGGGGGGAAAUUAGUGUUUUGAGAUGGAAUCCUGACCAAACAAUUCCACCUGUCGCAGAUCAGGUUGCAGGCAGCUCAGCAAUGCAAGCAGAGUCUGUCGCACUGAGUGUUUUUGUGAUCGGAGAGGCUUGUGGAUAAUCCAUGUGUAGCCUAUUAGUGCAAAAAAGUAGCAUUGUCUAUUUGGUAGGGGGGCAUUUGGGAUGAUGAUGAGUGUGCCACAUCAGUCACCGUCCUGGAAUGAGCCAGGCUGAUGCACAUCUACAAAAAUCUUGAAGAUAACCUGCCGCUGAGAGUGUAAAUCCGCCACCCUCCCUCCAUGCGGGGAGGAGGAGGGACACUGAAAGAGAAACAUCGCCUCCUUGGCCUCCCGGUAAAAGCCAGCGGCUGUUUCCCAAGCAGCACUGUGUCACCAGAGCUGCCGGGGCUUGUUUCAUGUGGAGCAGAUCGCGUGUCCAGACAGGCCAGUUGAUUGCCUGUUGUUAUCUAAAGGGGGGAGUAGGGGGCUGUAACCUCUGUCAGGCCACCUGAAGAUUUGGAUUAGAUUGGUCAUUCUCUGCACCAGGCACACAAAGAGCUUUGUUAGACACAAUGGGACACCCCCACACACGGCAAUAUGAGGGGAGACAUUAAUUUAAAAGGCAAAUGUUUGAGCUACAGUAUUGUGUUGAAUCUGAGUCAUCACUUAACACAGUAUGUGUUUUAAGGAUAAAGGAAUUUCAGACCAGCUGUUGGUAGGAGUUUCUGUUAAUGUUACAUCCUUUUGCCAUGACCUCAAAGGUUUGUCGCAAUCAUUGAAAUAUAUUCCAAAAAAUUAAAGGUACAGUGCGCAGAAUUUAGAGACUCUGUAAGAAUGGAUUCUCAGGGCUUGACAGUGCGACUGUUUCACUUACAUUUGCGAAUAAAAAUAGAUGUGUGCGAAUUGUAAAAUGUAUUAAAGGGCUCAUGUGCGCACAAAAAAAUCAACCGAGGCAACAAAUGUUUUUUCAUGUAAAUACCGCGGCAAAGUUAGUUUAAGGUUGGAUAUUCAACAAACAUUCACUAAGGAUCUACCGAUGUCUUCUCACCCUACAACCGGGAAUAACAACAGCAGUGCGGUUAAAUCUACUCGGCACACCUUGCUGGUGUUGAAUAAGGGACCAUCAAUAAAUUACCUGUGGAUGUUCUCAGAAAAGGCUGUUUUCCUUCAAUAGCUUUUAUUUCACGUGACCAAUUGACCUAAAAUUGAUUUCAAAUAAUAGUACUAAUGCUGACAAAUAAGACAAACCUCUUUAUUUCCCUAAUUUGUCCUCUAAAAAUUUUUGUGUUAAAUUUAAAGGCAAAUUUUGAACAUUUUCUUCAAUAGCUUCCAUUACAUGUGACCAAAAGACCUAAAAUUGAUUUCAAAUAAUAGUACUUAAGUCAACCAAUAAGACACACAUUAUUUGAUCAAUUUUCAUUGUGCCCCUAAAGGUCUUUGUGUGCACCUUACUUUUUCAACUUAGAAGCACAUGUGCUCCCCCUGAAAAAAGCUAGUGUCAAGCCCUGACUCUGAUAUUCAUAAGUAUGUUUUAAAUUGCGGUAUAACUACCAUAACUAUUACUAUACUACAGCAUCUGUUGUCAAAUAAACCACCCAAGAAGUAGAGGUGUUCACCAUACUGAUUCCUUUGGUCGUGUCUUGCUUAUUGCUUCGCUCACUAGGAGGUAAAUGGUAAAUACCAGACAUGUUUUUGUGCGAGGUUAUGAAGUCUCGUGGUGUUUUUUUCUGAGAACUCAUUUACCUUUGACUGAAAGACAGCAAAUGAAGAAUUUAGUAAAACUGCCAGAAAGGCGACUUUUUUUACGCCCAAACUGAGUUACAGUUUGCGCUAAAUCCACUUAGCAUAAUUGCAUUUUUAACACUUAGCUGCUGUCAGGAGUUGUGCAUCAAGAAAGGAGCAGAAGCAUGACCAGAAUGAUUAUCAGAUUCAUGUGAAUGUUCUCCUGAAACCCUAGUUAGAUAGGUAGACAGUACAUCAGCAACUAUUUUUGUGAUAGUUAUUUGUUUAACGCUUUUCUCAACCAGAUAUCAGACAUUGAUGGUUGGGUAUCAGUGGUGAUUUAAAGAAAAACGAAUGAGUGGCUGUUUUUUGUUCACAAAGCAUCCUCCAGCCUUCACAGUACAGCAGCUAGUCCUCAUUGUGAACCUCUCUCUCCUUUAAAGGGAGGUUGGUCUUGAUCUUGUAAAAACUAAAUGAAGCAGACUGAGCGUGAAGCGUGGCUGGGACUCCAGCUCAUCCCACCGCCGUAAAGAAAGACAGGCCGGCCUUGAGCUGCGUUGGCGUUUGCAGGGGGUCCCUCCUUUUGAAACAAUACGACCCAGCUCUGUGCUGCGGCGCUGUUAUCUCUACCAAAACAAUGGUACAACCCCCCUCCUGCAAUUGGCUGCAAAUUUCCAGUGCCCUUUUUGAUGCCAUUGUUGUGACAAAACCACUCUGGGCUGAUUUUCAGCAGCUUUCACUCAGCUGUCUCACGCUGGACUGAGCACGGAUCCUGUCACACAAUUCAAAGGGCAAACAAUGGCGGUGAUCAGUAUGAGCUGUCACUGAAAAUCUGACCUUGUUUUGAUAACUUUAUCCUCAUCUCUGAUUGUUAAGCACGGCUCUUUUGUUUGUAUUUUUUAAUCCGGGUGAAAAUUAACACUGAUCUAAGUAGCCUAAUUUCACCGACUAUGCUGUUUCAUUUGAUACACAAUGUGGGGUUCAUGAUAAGACCUUCAUGAAAUCUGAAUUUUUCUAACUUGAAGUAUGAGCAGAACUUUUCUAAGUAGGCCUGCAGCAGAGAUCUAGAUCAGCGCCGUGUAACCGUUGCUAAAUGUUGCCACAGUUUGUUCUUGAUAGGUUGUGUCAGCUCUGCUCUCGUUAGGAAGGACAUGUUCUUUGUACGCUGAAGGUCGCUGUCACACUGUGUAUCAUUAAUUGAACCUACCGGCUGCUAUUUAUUUAUUUUUGCCACUCCAUUACUGUGUUCUAACUCUGCACAGUGGAGCGUCUUUGACAGCUGGCAGCCGCUUACAGUAAACAGAGGGUACGGCCAAUACCAAUCCAUUCAAAACUGCCCUCGGCUUCGGUUCCACUCCAACGGAUCAGCUCAGGACACCUCUCUGUCCUUGUUGCCACGACAUCACAGCCAUUAAUAGUGACUGACAAUUUGUGCCCCUUUGGUUUCGCAGCAGAACACAGCAGCCCAAUUAAAAGCCUUUCUUUUCAGGAGGGGGAUGAGAAAUAGAUCCAACAAACAGCUCUGUUUUGAUCCCACAGCCAUUUUGAGUAAAAAUACUCAGGUGUGCGCCACAUUUGGACCAUCUCUCAUGUGUUUUAAACGAAAACCACACAUGUCUUUGAUAAGAAAAUCUUCAAACGCCAAAGAGCUUACCACAAGCGCCCCCAAGACCACAACAGAGGGGAUGUUUGAAGGAGGAGAAGGAGCCUAAUGAAGGCUUUUGUCAGUGUCAGUAAGGAGGGGGACCUUCAAAGUGGGGUCAGGGACUUCUCGCCUCAGGGCAGGUAAGCAGACCCCUCCUUUGCUAGACAGGUUUCCUUUAAUUUUUGGGUUGUAGAAGCUGGGAGCAGGCUUUGGUUAGCAUCUGAAAAGCAGGGUUAGGACCUCAUGUUGCUGCGCUUUUGUCUCUGAAAUUUGUUUUCAAGCUUUUUUCCCAUCCAGGAGUAAGAGUUGAAUCAUUUCACCGCUGAGUGUCAUCAUUUUUAUCUGUUGUUUUUUGUAACUACAGCUGCAGAUUGCCAAGCUCAUGUCUCACUGGUAGAUUAUAUGGGUCUUCUGCUGAAUUUCACCGGCAGCCAAUUGAGUUAGCGAGAGUGUUUGAAUAUAAGAGGAGUGAAACAGGUUACACACACUCAGUCUCUCAGUUUCACACCCUCUGUAAUUCCCUUUAACAUGCCAAUAAAUUCAGCCUCUCAUCUCACUCUGCUGCCUGUUGGAGUGGCUUGAUGAAAUCCAGAUGACUUUUCAGUUUCCAGUGGGCGUCCCAGCUUCUUUUAUAACAGCGAGUUAGACAUGAACUCACCUUUUAUCUGCUGAAGACAAAAAAAUAUCAUUUUUGUACAAUCUUGUUCUUAUUUGGGUUUAUUUUUCCACUCGAGGAGCUUGUUUUCACGUCUGCAGUCUGCAGUAUAUUUCACCGGACCGUACAGGUAGGGCUGGGCGAUAUGGCCUCAAAUCAAUAUCACGAUAUAACGAUAAAUGGAGGAUAACUACUCAACAAGCUGCUCACCUCCUCCCACAUUAACUUUGUCUACUUCAGCUUCCGCUCCAGCUGCUACAACUUUUGAACCGUCCUCCAUCUCCUCACCUGUCUGUCCCUCUUUGUUACGGACUGGAUGGGGUGGAGUCACGUCUCUGACGUAGGACAGCAUCUUAAAGGGACAUAAGACCAUAGCCUACCGACAUGCAUCCAAAACCAACUUUGAUUUCUUUAUUUUUUUUGAUAAUGAAUUUGCCGGUAUGGGCAAAAUGGCGUCGGUAAUUGUCGUAGAAUUUCAGUAUUGUUACAUUUUCAGUUUAUCGCCCAGCCCUAUGUACAGGGGCGGCAAAUCUGCAGGGGUAUAACAGUCAGAGCUUUCGAAAAUGAAAGUAACAUGAAAAACUGUAAUUGCCCUGGUAGUUGGUGCAGCAUAUGAUUAAUUCUAAAUACCAAAGUUAUAUCAGGAGAUGAAGUAGUGAUUUAAUGUCUCCACAAAGUUUCAUCCAAAGACUUUAAAGGGCUUUGGUGCUCAGGAAAAGCUUUGGUUAAUUCAUCAGUAAAGAUAAAGUUAAAGCAUUACCCCUUCACCCCCUCACUGCUCUGCUCGGCCUCAUAACAGAGACAUGCCGUUCACAGAGCAGAGACUGCCAGAAUGUGAUAUGGUUUGUAAAAUGAGGGGAGGGAUGUAAUCUGGAUGCAUUUUGUACAUUCUUUUCCUCCCAAAACCCCGGUAGUAACCGAGAGAAACGCGAGUUCUUGCUCCAUUUUUUAAAAUUUUAUUUCUCCUCUGCAGAAAAUUAUUUCAGCAUAACCGGUACAAUGUGUGCCACUUCACUGACCUUUGAAUAGUCGGUUUAUCCUUACUCAUUUCGAGCAUCCUUGUUUUGGUAUACGUUCUUUCUUUAAGAUACCAGGUCUCGACUAUGUUGACGCACACGAUGGAUGUCUCACUGAUAAAAUCUGUGGCGUCUACAUUGAGUUUUUUUUCAUCUGAAGUGCACUCAUCCUCACUUGUUAACACAGAAGAGUCAAAAGCACGCCAGCUUUUAUCUAUUUAUCAUCAUCACCUGUCUGGAAAAGUAAUUACUGAGACAGUACAACUUGUUUACAAAGAUACAUGCUUCUUCCGGUGUACGUUGUGUCACUUUUUACCCGAGGGCAGCAGAGCGGAAGUUUCAUCGCAGGAGUUUUAUUCUCCAACAAAGAAGUUAGUCACUGUUUCUCAGCAGCGAGGAUCUUCCACGAAGCAGAGCGGAGCGUGUGCUUAUUAAUCGCCCGGCGGGGACUGGAUCAGACAAAAGAUGACAUCAAAGAGUCAUAGCCUGAAAAUGACAAGUAUUUUUUAAGUAACGUGUGUUGCAAAGUCAGGAAGAAUGACAAGAAUGUAAUUUGACACUGGCUUACCUGACUCAAAGUGUCGUGGGGAUGGCUGCGACUCUGACUAACAGAUGAGAACUGCGAUUGCAUGGUAGUAGGAUUUCUGCUCUAAUGAAUCUCUUGUUUGUUUGGCUGAUCCUGACGUGACUGAGAACCUGACCUGUACGUGACUUUUCUCUCUCUUUUUUUUUUCCUUUCAGAGAAUCUGGAAGUUCUUCAGACAGUCGUGCAGGAACGUUUGACGGAGUUACUCCGCAUCCUCAAGACCGUCAUCGGCAAACACCCGACGCUGAACUCUGUGGACAUUCUGGGAGCAGCCGGAACGGUCAUUGCCAAGGUUAAAGGUCAGUUACCGCACACGAACAUGCAUGGCUGCUCGCAGACAUGCAGGUAGACACACACUCAGGCGCCCGAGUGAUGCUCACAUAUCUUGGCGUGAAAUCUUAUUGUUGUGUUACUGUGUCGGGCUAAGGGUCUACGUCAGUCUUUCAAAUGAGUGUGGGAAAUGCCCUGCAGGAGGAUUUCAUAGCGCUCUACUUGGUUAGCAUUGGCGGAGAGAUUUGUUUCCAAAAGGUCACGAUAUGAAAAGUUAUUAUUUCUCCGGCAACUGAUCCAUUUCCUGUCUUCUUGUGAAUACAAACACAAGAAUCCCAACUCAGGAGUCCCAUCUGUUAGAAAUGUGAUCCACUGCAAUGGUAUUUCUUCACUCGACUUGCACACAAGAAUCCGCACCGUGGAGACUACAUGGCUGUAAUUUGCAUUCCAUAUUCCAGCGACCGCGGAGGCCCCUUUGGCAGGCUGCCUGUCAAUCAGCCACAUCCACGUUUCUCCUCCUGCAUCGCGAGGCGUUUCUUCAUCUGACAGCUCACCUGUCCUAUCUCACCAUCUGAACGGUGACCCACUCCUUAAGAAUGCACGUCUGCUGCGUCUGUAGGCAGUGUAGUGAUGCUCUGAAAAUGCCGAGAAUGCAUAAAGGAAACAAAAAAGAUGCAGCGUGGAUCCGGAGGAAGAAUCUUCCGCAGUGUUGAGACCAAAAUGAGCGAACAUAAAGCAAGAUAGGUGGUCGGGUGGAAAAAUACGCCAAGUUUCUACAGAUUUAGAAAGAUAUGUUGAAGAAAACUGUUUCCAUGACAACCUGUAAAACUCUUCAACAACUUAAAGUACAGUACACAGGAUAAGUACCUACACUCUUACUGGAGGGAUAAAUUGGAUUGGGUAUCUGCCAUUAAGAGUAGACCAAUAAACAGUGCAAUCGACCGUCGCCAAUGGCUGCCAGUCACCUAUCACGCAGCCCUCCUCUGCCAUUGUAAUGUUGUGCUUUAACCGGCCUCCCCACCUAUCAAUUCUUCCUCUUCUGUUCAGUUCAGAUUCACUCUGUUCUAUCAGCCAAAACUAAUGAGGGGUUUCAGUCAGGCUGUGAGAGGAAUGAAUGUACGCGGAGGAUAUGAAGAGGGGUAUAUGAACAGGCAAAGGUUAAUCCCCUUUAGCUCAGUGUCUGCCUGUUGUUAUUUCUUGUAAGAUGCCUUAGUUUGCUUCUUCAAAUCUUAACCAAGUCCAAAAAGGCUCUUCAUAUGAUGAAACUGACAUCUGAGAGGGGUGAUGGUUGAUAUCUGACUUUCUAACUGAACUGCAGAAACAUGGCCGUUAUGUGUGAGUGCUCAAAUCUUUGUAUUCUGAGUGAAAAAGCAUUAUUUCUUUUUUUGACCAAAGGCCAAUAUUUAUUUAUUGAUUCUUUUUAUCACCCUCCUCCGCCCCCAUCAGUGUUGAGUUUUUAGAUUAUGGUCAUCUUGAAACUGAAGUUUAAAGCUUGUCACGCUCUUACUCUGACUUUGACCUGGACAGAGAUGUGUUAAAAAAAACAAAAGAAACCAGUUGUAUUCGUCUAUCAUGAUCUCUUACAUACCUGAAUGUGCCUUUUACAAAGACUAUGUCCAACCUCAGCUGCCUGUCUGUUCAUGUGUUUUGUUAGUUAUGGCCGGCUCUUUAGUGUUUUUCAGUGUACAGUAACACAUUAUUUUGAAUGUGCUGUAAAAUUAUUUGGAUUGGACUGGAUUAUCACUAAGUAACUUUGAGUUAAAAGUAGUCAAGUACCAGAUUUGCAAGAUGAAAUAUACAAAGAAUCAGAGCAGGGUUCUCCUAACAUUGUACUGUAAGUAAACACUGCCCUGCAAUAACAUGAACACACAGUUUCACUGGGAUGACAGUGCAGUGCUGCAUGUAUCGAUUCGAUUUCAGCCCUGUCAUUUAUUCCUGCUGCCAAUACGGUCGUAUCAAGUGUUGUUGACAAGUGGAAACUUGGAAAUGUGCCUGUCCACAAGGGGGUGCCUUACAUCAGUGCACAGCACGGCUGAUCUGUCCCUAAUGACCCAUAGGAAACACAAUUCAGACACAGUGAGGGAGCCAGCAGAGGUGUGCGGAGCAGAGGCUGAAAGAGGAAUGAAUCAGGGAGAAGUCAGAGAUGAAGACUCAAAGGUUGGCCUGAUAACAGGUCUUGUGUGCCUCCAUGUCUUCAGAGUGUGUCGUCUCUUCACUCAUGCUGCUCUUUGAUGCUUGGUCAUGACACCUGGGGCAUUUGGACAGCUGCCAGAGUUUAUUGGGAGGAAAAAAAAAUCCCCCUUUCUCUCUCUCUCUCCAAACACAUGGUUGUCUAACCAGUUUCAGAUGCCUUUUACAUGUAGAAUGUUAUCCACUCUCUCUCUUCCCUUCUUCAUAUUUGACACUUUAGGCAGUUUUUAAUAAACCUGAAGAUGUUGCAAACAUCCUCAGCACCACCCGUCUGUGCGCUGUGACAGGUUUCAAGCUCAGCUACAGCCAUUGUUACACUUUGAAAACAUUAUCUCUGCUUUUUGUCAUCAAAGAUACGAUCUUUUCACAAACUCUCUUUGACUCAGAGCUGACCCAGACAAGGUUUCUUUUUCCUGGUUACUUUUUCGCUCAUGCUCCCCUCCUCCUUCUAGUGAAAAACUGCAGACCCGACAGUAGAAGUGUCGACUUACUGAGAUUCUCAAGAAGAUUGUAGAGUGAAUUUGCUUAUUGAAAUCAAUCCAACAUGUCAGAUUUCUUUUUCUGAAGAACCUCUUUGAAUGCAUUUCCAGCAUUUCAGUUCAGUAGCUUUCCGGUUAAUCUCCUAUAAUUUAGUCAGCUAUCAAAAAUGCUGCUCAUGAGGAGUUAUUAGAAAAAUAUCAGACAUGCUUAGCUCACUAUAAAGACAUUUUUCAGAAGCUUAUUGUCAUGGCGCAACCGUGAGAAAACAAUGGCCCCUGUACUUGAAUGAUGCAGUUUCCAUAUUUCAAUCGUGACAAGGAGGGGGGGGCAGAGCUCUGGAAUCAUUGUUAUGAGACCCACAGGAUGUCCUGAGGAAGAAGUCAGCGCUGAGUUGUACGCUAGCAUUCAGGGCCAGGGAGGUGCACUGCAGGGAGGCUCGCUCCGCCGCCUCUCCUCUCUCUUUUUGGUGUCCUCAAGAGUUUCCCUGGAACGCAGGGGGGUUGCCUCUGCUGCAACACAGGAUGCCAUGACCAGGGAUCUCUGCUUCACCUGUGCUCGGGGAUUUACACCUAAUCUAGCACCUCUGACGUGGAUCGAAUUUGCUCUAAUGAAGAGAAAAUGGAAACACAAGGGAUAGAAAGCAGCCUGGAAAUUGUGUCCGUUUAGAGCUGCUUCAUGCACAGCGGAACAUGUCCACAUUGUUGAAGUUUUCGGGUGUUACUAGACAACGAUGCUAGGUUACUGAAACAAAAGGUAAGCAUUGUCAUGGUUGUCAGAAGUGUAAGUUCGCAGAAGUCAAGCUGUGUGAGUGUUUCCUGUGGCGGGUAGACAGGAAGUACUCAGCUUAGUCGGAUUUCACUGCCCGUGUCUUCGAUUCUUCUGCUUUCUGCAAACGUCUUCUCGCCGAGUAAAGCCAUUCCUCACCGUCUUGGUUUUGAAGAGAUUAUCGGUAUGAUUGAUAGCGUUUUUUGUGCAAGAUCAACAUAGGAGACAUCACACAGGAUUAUACCUCUGAAGAGUGGAGAGAGAACUUGAGGUUGUUUCUUGAAUAUCCACCCUCAAGUAACCUGAAAGCUCCUCAGAAGAAGAUGUUUCUGACUUGGUAGCAAGAUAUGAGCUGUUCAUGUUAUGUCUGCCUUAAAGUAGCGGUUUAAGCAGUUUUUUUAAGCAGACCUCUUGAACUUUUUGUGACAGCUCAGAGGGUUUACCUUCUGUCUGUCAUCAAGGAGAGUGUCAACACUUACCUGAGACAACUUUAGCACUUGUAGAGGAGAUGAACCGCCUUCUGAAAGGACAUAAGAAUUAACUGAAGCCUUUUUUAACAUCUAAUUACAGGCAGGAAACAAAGAACAGCUUUAUGGUGAAGUGCAUUUAAUCUGAACUAUUUGGUGUCGGCUUUAAAAUCCGAUUUCAUUCACUUAGAUCAAUUUGAAGUAAGGUACAUGUCGUAUCGUUCUGGUAGGUUCUCAAUGUCCAGCUGCUUACAGUCUGUGCUAUUUCUGUAUAUACAUUUGAGUCCACUAAAGUUGGCUUGUAAUGCAACAUAAUUCUUUACACUAAAGUUCUCGUGUUCUUUAUCUCCCUCCGCAGGCGUUAACUUCAAGGAAGUGGAGCCAGAAAACGCCAAAGCUAUAUUCGGCGACAUACACACAUCCAUCGACACUUUGGCAUUCACAUUCGGCAAUGUGUGAGUACAACAUUUGUGCGACUUUUCAUCGCGACUCUUAUCAAUCUCCCCUUCUUGUGUAUAUCAGAGUUAUGAGUGCCAGACAUCUCUUUGUUUCAGAGUUGCAUUUCUCAAAGCCCUUUUACUGCUGAUGAGAUAAUUCGAACUUUAUCAAAGCGUACUUCUAACAUUUCAUCUUCACAUCCACCCUCCAGAGUUUCUGACUUCCUUAUGGGAGAUGUGGACAGCGGCUCAGGGUUGGGGGUCCCCCAGAACAGGAGAAGCAGGGUGAGAGGAUUUCUUUUCUCUUUAUCUCUCAGGCUAGUUUCUCUUCUUCUUCUUUUCCCAGAGGUUUGUUUUCAAAUGUGACAACUUUCAAAAGGGCUUCACUCAAAGCCGUAAUCUCACCACGCCUCCUUUUUAAAAGAACCUCAAAGACUUGCUUUCUGUGCUUAAUUGGGGUGUUGAAACCCCAGCUGCGUCUGAUGUGUAACUUUGAUUGUAUGUCUGCGUCUCCCUCUGUAUAAUCUUAAAUGUCUUUUUCGCAGUCUUUUGACAACCUCUCCGUGGGUCCUGAGGGAUACGGCUCAGAGAAAAGUGACCUUGUGGGUAAGUGCUAUUUGCAUUCCCUCUCUCGUACCCCUGAGCAAUGCGUGUGUCAAAUAAAUGAAUCCUGAAAUGUAAUAGCUGUUAAUGGCUGCUUUACAAAGCAUUUCAUGAUUGCUUCGUAGCCAAGGGCAGCCAGGCGUCGUGUCAGCUCGUAAGUUAGCGGAGUGAUUUAGGCUCUGGACUCUCGAAUGCCUGAGGUAGACCCGCCUUAAACCUCUGCUUCCACCCCUGUUAUUUCUCGCUGCUUUUUUUUCAUACGAGCCGCUCGUUUUCCUCCUCUCCGUCCACAUAUCUGACAUUCCUUGCCUGUUUAGGAGUAGUUCCGUAUGUGAUGGGAAACACAUGCGGUUUUAGUUAAAUCAGAUGGAUGGCUGGGAGAGGUGCACCACAGUGUAACCAGCGAAAAGCAAAUAUCACUGUUGGGCUAUUUUAGAUGCCCGACACUUUCAUAUCCUCCCACACUGUCCACUUUAACCUCCAGUGUUUUUUUAUUUUAUUUUUUUUCAUUUACCUCCCACACGCGUCUGCUGGGAUAGUAGCACCGAGACACAUCAAUGCAGCACCUGGCGGUUUUGUUGAAACCAUAUGUUGUGAUUCACUCAGUUUGAUAUGCCUGCUCCUCUGCUGACUCUCCAGGCCCUGAGGUGCAGCUGUCACGGGAGGAAGAAGUCGACCUGACCCUGCUGAAGAAUGACGGCGGGGUGGAGUCUGCUCUGCUCUACGCUAAGGCUUGGUCCAAGUACAUUAAAGACCUUCUGGUGUGGAUGGAGAAACGACUGGCUAUGGGUGAGACGAUCAAAGCGCAUAUUCUCACUAGAUAUUGUGUGAUGAAGAACUUCUUCCCCCUUCUCCCGGUUGAUACAAGACAAAUAGUUAUGAAGUUACGAGUGACAUCAGUUUGAUGCGAGCUCAAGCGGGAUUUUGCAAAUAGACCUCUGAGUCAUUUUAAGCCUAUUGACUGUUAAUUGAUUUCAGAGUUCAGAAGUAGCAGAGCAGUUUAUUGGCACUUAACAGCCAUUAAGUCGGGGCGAAAUGGUCCUCGAGAAGCCAGCUGAGCUCCGUCGCCAGGAAUAAAUAAAUGACUUCCUUUUCUUUUAUACUCAAAGGCGGGCCGUUUCCGCCUCCACAUUAUUUGACUGAUAUUUUCAGGAGUAUGAAAACUAACAUAUUUAGUCAUGACAUUAAAAAUUCAUGUGUCGUAGCUGACUGUAUAAAAGCAAAGUUUUGGGAGUGUGGAGGCAGACCAUGCAUACAUCUUCUGGAAUUGUAUAAAAAUGAGGAUAUACUGGCAAAAUGUUAACUUGGUUGUAAAAAAAUGUUUUGGGAUAUGAAAUCUCAAAUACUUGUCCAGUGAUGUAUCUUGGGAAUAUUAAGAAGGUUGUAAUAAAAGAGGAUCUGUAUUUGACUGAAGUCUUACUGGCAGCAAGCAAGACAGCGGUCACAAGAGACUGGCUCAAUGCGAACACGCCAAACCAGGAGCAGCUGUUGGAAAUUGUCCAGGAAAUCUUUGUUAUGGAAAAAUCGACAUACCUGUUAAGACUCAAAGAGAACGUAUUUGAAAAAAAGUGGGAAAAAUUGAAUAUUUUUAUGAGACAUGACACCAGCUGAACAAAUGCUGAAUGGAACAGUGGACUGACCACAGUUUGUUCAUGUUAUUAUUGUUACUUGUACCUUGUUUGCUGUGUUGUUUUUGCCUAUACAUGUGAAAACUCGGUAAAUAAAAGCAAAGUUUUGGGAUGUCAAAGGACUUACUGGUUUAUAUUAACAAAGAAUCUUAAUUCAGAGGUUUAGCAGGGCUGCGAUAUCUACACAGUGCUUUUCUUAUUGUUCAUAUAUGUGUAUAAUAUUGUAAUCAGACUGAAAAACCUGAAAUCUCCCCUCACAGAUAUCGAGUAUGCCAAAAGUUAUGCCAAAAUGGCUGAGACUGCAAGGGCACUGGCCAGUCAGCAGGUAACAGAGAAGCCUUUCCAUCUACAAAUGAAUCAGAAUAGAAGAACCUGUUACUGUAGGACUUCAGAGGAGUUCAUACUUGUGCGACAUUGUUAUUCAUAUUCUGUUUCUUUCUUUUCAUUUUUCCAAGGACUACAUGCCCUUCAGCGAGAUCUACAUCUCCUCGUUCAAGAGCGACAUCGAAUACACACAGCUGCUGAUUCAAACGGCAGUGGCUCUUCAGACAAACAAAUUCAUACAGGUGAGAGUGAAAACAGGACAAAGACUGCAGAUUACAGAGUGUGUAACAGCUUUUCUGUUUUAAACCCCUCAGGGAAAAUCAUAAACUUUUUGUCGCAGGAAUCAUUUAAAUAAGAAACCAACAACGAAUGUAGCAGAGGGAUUUAGUCUGACAAAGAUGCGCUGAAAAGAAGGUUCCAGAGAGGGUUUUGUGUUUGUUUUUAGAAUAAUUUUGCACAGUUUUAAACACAAUAAACGAUCCUGUUAGGACUUAUUUGUGUCUUCUCAGUACAAACUCAGUAAAAUUAAAGUCAUCGUGCAUCCCAGUAAGAGUCUGAUCAAGUGUAACAUUAUCUGUGCUUGUUUUUGUUGUGAAAAGUAAACCACGUCUGAUCUGAUUAAACUCUAAAUGUAAUUUCACCCUGAAGACAGACUUUUGUGAUCACUGACCUCAGUGUUGUUGACUCCCCUCAGCCUCUCCUGGCCCGUAAGAAUGAGCUAGACAAGAUGAGGAAAGACCUGAAGGAGCAGUGGCAGAGAGAGCAGAAGAAAAUGGUAUGUGACCAGUCUCUCUUUGCUUCAUAGCAACGCAGCUAAUCUCCAUUUUUACAUUCCAGACAAGGCCGUUUUUCAUAAAACAUGUGGCAAUACGAGCCACCCAGGAGGUUGUCAGAUGUGACUGUACUAAGAUUUAUUGCGUACAAGACCACAAGAGCCGCGGCAGACUGUGAAUCUCUGUCCUCAUUGUUCAUCUGAGUUUUUUAAUCUUUACUUUCCUGGCAGUUUUUUGUUUCUCAGCACGACGUGGUGCAACAUUUCUCAAUGCCCUGCCUGUACAUAUAUUUCACCCUGUUGCCCACAAGCACUUAGUUAUUUUUGGUGGAUUUGUGUGGAUUUGGCAGCAAGAGGCAGAUGUAACCUUGCGUAAGGCGAGGACGCUGAAGGCCCAGAGGCGGGAAGAGUACCAGAGAGCCCACUCGUAUAUGAGCCGCUCCCAGGACGAGCAGUCCAACGCUGCUAACAAACAGCUGGAGAAGAAGAGGAGGCUGGAGGAGGAGGCUCUGCAGAAGGUGACUGAUAGAUGACAUAAAUGGAUGUUUUUUUUUGUUUAUUUGAUGGUAAUAAUAACGCAAGGUUAACGCUAUAUUUGCAUGAUUGUGUGUCAACAGGCAGAGGAGGCCCAGGACCAGUACCAGAGCUGUAUGGCUGACGCAGGCGUCAGAAGGAUGGAUCUCGCCAACGCCAAAAGCACCAUCCUCACACAGAUCCGAGAGAUGGUCUUCCAGUGUGACCUCACGCUCAAAGCUGUGAGUUGAUUGGACACAAUGACAUAAACAGUAGGGAUGGGCGAUAAAUUAUCGUUCACGAUAUAUCGUCAGAAAAGUCCUCCAUGAUAAAUAUUUGCCAUUUUAUGAUAAAUGCAAGUUGAUGAUGUAAGCACGAGUGAUGUACUCGCAGCCAUAGUCCACACAGAGCAGAGUAACAAACAAACAUGGCCGAAAGUAAUGAAGAAAAUGUUUCUGAGCAGCUCGUUACUGAACGAUCAGGGCUUAGAUGAGUGCAAUCAGGUACGCCUGACAUCUGACAGUGGAUCUGCUGCUGUUCACUCUGUGCAAUAAGAGUUUUUAACAAAUGUUGAAAAUGUUUUCACAUCUGAGACUUGUUUGAUGUCAUUAGUUUUCUCCAUAACCUACCACUCAAACUUGUGGUUGGGUAUCUUAUUUGACUACGCCAACUGGUGUUCUCAAGACAAGAUGAGUCAAAAGUAAAGAUUGGAAUGAUAAUACUUUUUAUAUUGUGACUUUUAUCGUUACCGUCAGAAUGGCAAAUCUUACAGUGAUAAAUUUUUUAGCCCAUAUCGCCUAUCCCUAAUAAACAGCCAGAUUACAAACGAAUAAGGUGAGAGAGUAAAUCAGAGCAUUCGAUAAUAAACGGCGUCUCCGGUUUACUGGUAGUGUGUUUGAUCUUUUGGAAACGAGUUAUGAUUCAACCAACUUUCACACCAACAGUAGCUUCCUACUAACUUACUCACUCAGUAGAUUUACAUAAUGAGGUAUUUUUCUGUCUUCCUCAUCAGGUGACGGUGAACUGGUUUCAGAUGCAGCAGGCACAGACCGUGUCACUUCCUGCCCACUACCAGGCCCUGAGUGAGAGCGCCAAGUUGUACGGGCCGGGAGAAUGCUACGCCGAGUUUGUCCGAAACCUCGCCAAAAAUCUGCCCAAAGAGCGCGUGCACUCUGACUCCAUCUCCUCUGACAAUGCCAGGUACAGCGGACUGUGGAUUCUCACCAAGACCCUGUCUAGACAUGCAGUCAAUACACAUGGACAUGUCAGGUUUUCAUUUAGCCUGAUUUAGGGUUUCUUUUUCGAAGUCAUAACAGGCAAAUCAAUGAGUAUGACGCGCAGGAAGAUAUAGGAAAAAUCGCUCCUCGUAUUGAUUCAGCGAGGGAAAGUAUCGGGGCGAGUGAUUACAUGAAGCAGCUCCUGGAUCGGGGCCAGAGAUGUAACCUAUGAUAGGCUCAAUAUAGAUGAUAGCAGCGUAGAACGGUGAGGAUACAGCUGUUCAAUACUUUAAUCUAUCUAAUCAUCUCUUUGGCACGCAGAUCUACUCUUUCUGUCUGUCUGUACGUAGAGACUUCAGACAGCAGCUUCAAUCAAACGCUAAACCUGCAGGGUAACACCAGGCUUCAGGAUCAAAAAGAGCUUUCAUAUGAGGUCAACACUCGAGUCUGUAUUGACACACCCCCUGUUGUUUCCUCUCUACUGUGCGGCUGCAACAUGUUUGCUUUCUACUAUUGAUGUUCUUGAGAUGAAGAAGAAGAAGUACGUGUUUGUUUGAGUGCAGGGCGAGGAAGUGAGGUAGGAUUAUAGAGGGUCCCUGGAGAUGUGAACAGAGCUGUUUACAUGUGAUAGAUCACCCAGGAAUCACGUUAACACCAAGUGAGAACAAACCGAAAAAAAUCUGGCAGUGAUCUUGAUUUUUUUUACUUAAAAAUCGACUUAGCAGAAAACUCAUCGGUUGUAGUUCACGUCUCAAAAUGUCUCCAAUUGACUCCUGCCUGUCUGGAAGUUGUUCGUCGUCUCGUUCUUCUUUCAGCAAAGGUAACAGUGAGUCAGAGUGGGAGGAAGCCAGAGAGAGAGAGCGAGGGAGAAUCGAGGAGAGACAGAAUGCGUGCUGAAUUUGUUGCCCUUCCUCAGGAAAUAUCUGCUGUGCAGGCUGAGUGCGGCGGGGGAGAUUGCGAGCGUGAGAGUUUUGCUCUGAUUUAGAGCUUUCCCCGCGACUCUUCGUAGCUUGUCAAAGCAGCGUCAGACUCAGCCUCCCACGCAUACACAUUCAUUACCACUGAGAUAACAAGCAAUGCCUUUAAAUCAUUAGUCAAAUGGAGCGUAGAUUUAUUACACUGCUCCGUUUGGUACAGUAAGGCACUGCUCUCAGCUGAUCACACUGAUUGUUAAAUGUUUUUAUAGAUUUAGAGCCUGAGGCAAGUCUGCACUUCCUCCGCUAAGCCACAGUCACCUUAAACGUGACGUUAUUCGCGUUGUGGUGGUCUGCUUGCUGGGCUUAUUUCAGUUUCUGCUCCUAAUCCUCUCUUUUAGUCUAAGUAAAGCCUGUAACACUUCCCCUUCUGAAAAUUCCUGGAGGUUAGGCAAAGGUGUGUCCUUAAACAACAGCUACUGUACUCCAGCAGAGAUCCUAAUAUGCUGACGAUGUCUAAAUCAUGUAGCUGUCAGUCACACAUUCGGGCCAAACAGAUUGAAGCGUCUCAUGCUUGCUUAUUCAUUACAGUCUGCUCCAAGUUGUUACAAAUGCCGGGAGUCUCAGUGGUGGGUGUUAACAAAACAGAUGACACGCCAGAAAACGAAAGCCAGAAAUCUCAUUUCCUGGUGAAGCAAUCUUUGAGUCACUGCUGUUGAUCAACAAUCUUGUCAAACCCAGCAGACAAACACACACACACACACUCUGUGGACAAAGAAAUAAUACCGAGCUUUGUGACAGUACCAACGCUGACUUUAUUUCCCCAGGUUUCUUUUCAACAAAAGGUCAGUGGGAAGCACUCAUUCCUCCCACGGCAACCUGUCGCAGGCAUCCAUCACCUCCUGCGACGUGUUGAGCGGAGAUGAAGUGGACAGUCCCCUGCAACGAGCCGCGAAGAUCAGUGAGAGGAGGUCCGACGGCAGCGCAGACAUACAAGGUGCUUACUCAGUUAUUAAGUGGACUAAAAUGAACUCAGGGGAUUAUAAUAAGCCGGACAGGGAUGGACUCUAUAUUUACAGGUUCUUGGAAUCCCAGCAGACUUAAAACCUGCCCCUCUCUAAACUCAGUGAAAAUGUGAAAUGUUUGACAUACAAUAUCUAUCAGAACAUGUCUGUCAAAUUAGGUACUGUUUCAACUGUACUGAUUACAGUUCUGGUUCUGGUUCCUCUUGUCCAACCCAGUUCUUAUCCAUUCUUGAUUUCUAUUCUGUUAUUUUUAGAGUAGAACAACUAAACUUUUAAACUUUUAUAUAACAAAACAAUGUUUGAAACAUUUCUAGACAUGGUUUGUUUACCUUGAUAUAAAUGUAAACAUAAGCUUAGAUGUGUUUUUGUACCUGAAUGUGACAAUAUGCAGCAUAUUGAACUCAGUGAAGUUCCUCAGAUUCAUGCCGUGCUGAUAAGCAUUAUCGCUUUAAAUGAAGCUCGGUUAAACUUGUGAUCGCUUGAUUUGGUUCUCACGCAUUUAUUCACGUACUACAUUUCAAAUUGUGCAACAUCACGUCGUCAGAGCCCAUCCCGGCAGAAGUGAAACGUAAAUGAACUACAGAAUUUUCACUGAGGUUUGAUCCUGAAGAUUUAUGUCGCUGUUGGGAACCAAAAAGAGGAACUGAAAUCAACAGAUCUAAGAAAUGUAGACCUGAUUUCAAUUUCAGAUCUUGAAUGAGAAUUGUUUUGCUCUUUGUUGCAUCUCCUAUGCUUAAAGACUGCAGACAGAUACUUUGCUGUCUUUGAAUUACUCCUCUAAAGCUGAAGCCACAUCAGCAGCAAAUAUAGGCAGAAAUCUUCAUGUGUUGUGUUCAUAUUGUGCAACCCUCUUUACUCUAAAUCACGUUGGGGCCCAUAAAGCUGAAACUAGCAGAUGAAUCAGCCCACCAGCCUGCAUCCAUACUCGGGACUUACCCUAAAUCCUGAGACAUGACCAGUUUGAGUUAUGUGUGACUUAUUUUUCACAAGUCUGAGAUAUCUGUGACUACUCGUCUCUGAAAAUAACUGAAACUGACACUAAGAAUAUCACUAAAGAGGAAGCUGUCCUUCAACCCUUUUUUUGGUUGCUCUCUUUCUUUCUCUCUGUGAAUGACUGUCUGUGUGUACUUUUGCAGCUCUGAGAAGUCAGGCCACGCUGAGAGCCUGGGCUUCCAGUAGUCAGGGCAGUCAGGGCGGGAUGUGCAGUGACUCGGAGAGCGCGGGAGGCAGCAGCGAGUCCAGGUCUAUGGAUUCCCCCACUGCCAGUCCAGGUAGGACUCUUUCCCUGGUUUUUAAAGGGUCUUAGAGCUUUUCUCACAUGAAAUGACGUGUAAAUUCGUAUGAGUAAUGAUCUAGUACAUGGGUCAUAGAAUUAUCUCAUCUGAAAAUGAGAACCUAUGUCACAAACAAAAUGAGAAGAUCGAAGCAAAACGAGAAACUGACAUCAGAACAAAUCACAACAGAGUUUUGGGAUGAUACAAGCGCUCAUGAUGCGUUUCUUUUAAAUAGAAUUAUUUCCUCGCCGCUUCCUCAUUGUGCACCAGACCCACACACUACUCAUCUCUGAGUGCACUUCCCCUCUGAAGCUGAAACUACUUAGCACAUUGCACAAAGCCUCGAAAAAUCAUCACUUUCUGUUUAUCGGUUCAUAACCUAACACCGGGAAGACCGUUCUUUCAACAGACCUGGAUUUAAAUAAUCUAGAAUUAUUACGAUCAGGCGCAGAGCAACAUGUUUGUACUCAUGACUAACAUACACACACAUGUGCAGGUGACUUUAAACGACGUCUGCCAAGGACUCCCUCCACCGGGACCAUGUCCUCUGCCGAUGACCUGGACGAGAGAGAGCCUCCAUCACCCUCAGACAAUGGUAAUUCAUCUGAGUGUAGAACUAUGUGUGUGUGUGUGUGUGUGUGUGUGUCAGCUCUUUAUAUAUGUGUUACUCAAUUCUGAGAAGUCUUCAUAACAUUAGCAGCGAGUGUGUGUCUGUGAACGUGACAGGAAAGAAAUACUCAAGGUCUGCUGCUCACCUCAUGUAAUGUUUUUGUUCGAGCGUGAUUCUGUCGGUGGUUUUCCCUUACAUCAAAUGUUUUUACAGUUGAGGGAGCUUCACAGAUUGGGGUCAUGUUAGUGUUGGCGUUCAGCCUCAGCAUACACUUCCUGUGUCUCAACUGAACCCGUUUCUACCCUAGUCAUGGGAAAUGUGUUCGGUCUCCCACUGUGAGCAGAUCUUCUCCGAGUUUGACCCAUUUAUUGUAAAAAAUGACACAACCAGAGAGUACAUUUCCUAGUUGUGUGUAUUUGCAGCAAGAUGUGGACCAGUAUGACUAACUUUACACUUUUUAGGGCAACAACAUCUCAGUUAUCAUCGCCUUAACUGUGUCUUUCCUGACAUUUAAAAUGAAGUCCUGAGGGGAAGAAAAUCCCACACAUUACUUUCGCUCAGCCUACGAGAAAAACCACUGCAUUGUGAUCUCUCUGGACUUUUCUCAAAUGUACUCUCAUGUAAAAAAGUUCCAAAAACCAAAAUGUGGUUCUUCUAAUAAACAGUGGUGCUGAGUAAGAGUAGAGUGAGGGACUUUUUCUUCUCAAAACAGCAGUUACACAUCCCACCCACCUAUUUCAUGAGAGUUUUACACAGGGGAACACUUCCUGUAAAAGGUUCUUGUAAAAAAAACUGCACAUGAAUUUGUAAACAACCAUCAAAGAGGGGAAAUCUUUCUAAGCUCACAUUAGAUUUUUUUCUGCUUUAAACUAACAUCCAACCCUUUUCUCGAAUACGAACUCAGCAGGAAGUCACCUAUCCAGUAAGUUCCCUUAUCCAUGGCUGCGAUUCAUUUUCAUUUUCAGGUCUAGCAGAGAUGGUGACAGAAACGGCGAGCUCUCCCGGUCCCUUCAGAAAUGCUCAGAUGUCCAAAGCCGCUCAAACCCACAAGCUGAGAAAACUACGAGCUCCGUCAAAGUGCAGAGAGUGCGACAGUCUGGUGGUUUUCCAUGGAGCUGAAUGUGAGGAGGUAAAGUACAGAGAGUUAUGGACAGUUACAAACAGAAGCCAGUAUGUUUCUUUCAAGUAGAGAUGAUAAGAUGUUUAUAAACCAGAAUACUGAAUACUCUCGUGAAUCAGAUAUUGACUUGUAAGUAUUAUAAAGUCACAUGUUGUAUUUCUGACUUUAAAUGCCCUGUCUCCUUCCUUUGCCAGUGCUCACUUGCCUGCCAUAAGAAGUGUCUGGAAACACUUGCUAUCCAGUGCGGUCAUAAAAAACUGCAAGGCAGGCUACACCUGUUUGGCAUCGACUUUGCUCAAGCAUCGAGAAACAGUCCAGAUGGUAUCCCUUUUAUCAUCAAGAAGUGCACGUCUGAGAUUGAGACUCGGGCCCUCAACAUCAAGGUACUGUUUUCCUCUCCGCUCAUUGUGGGUUGUGUUUUUUAUUUUACGAGCACACAGAGCUGGGAGACGGUUUCCUUUGAUACAGCUUGGUUGUUGUUGUCGCAGAAAUGUACCAAUCUGUGCGCCUGUUUGUCCUCACAGGGGAUUUAUCGUGUAAACGGUGCUAAAUCUCGCGUGGAGAAGCUCUGUCAGGCGUUUGAAAACGGGAAGGACUUGGUUGAACUCUCUGAACUUUCACCUCAUGACAUCAGCAACGUCCUCAAACUCUACCUGAGACAAGUGAGUGGAAAGUCUUCCUGCAAACCUGAUGUUAUAGAGUGGAGAUACUUUUUGCUUUGACUUUGCUGGUGAUUCACCUCUUCAGUGUUAAUAACAUCCAAACAUACCACUGUUUUCCUCGUACUUACAGUUACCAGAGCCGCUGAUCCUCUAUCGAUACUACAACGACUUCAUCGGCUUGGCCAAAGAGUGCCAGAGAGUGAUCGUGGAGGAGGCUGAUAAAUCCCAGAGCCCCCAGACCGGAGAGAAAAAGGGGCCGAGUGUCCAGCUCAACAGAGUCAUUUUCAAGAUCAGAGACCUCCUCCGCCAGCUGCCUCCAGCCAACUACAGGACUCUGCGUUACCUUGUAGCACACCUGAACAGGUGAGGGCUGUAAACAGACACCCAGAGCUUUCUGUGUCGAUGAUUUCUGCCUGUACUCUUUAGCUCAGAGACACAAAGUUCCCUUAAAAUACACAAGAGGAAACAGAGACUUCCCUAUAGUGCAGAGGAAGUAGAAUUACUUACAUAAGGUUCAUCAUUUAUAAAUAGUCUGGUUGCCUUAAUCAUACACCACAGAAUUCAAUCUUGAAGUUGUGAUCAUCUCAUGAAAGAGAAGUGAUUAGGAUGAUGAGUUUUUCUUACUGAUCCAUUCAACAAAACAACUUAAAUCAAAACCUAAGUAUCUUAAAGACACUCAUCUCUAUUCUCCAGAGUGACCGAGCAGGCCGAGGAGAACAAGAUGACCGCGAGUAACCUUGGAAUCAUCUUCGGCCCCACUCUGGUCAAGCCCCGACAGACAGACGCAGAAGUGUCCCUCUCCUCCCUGGUGGACUACCCCUACCAAGCCUUGAUGGUGGAGCUGCUGGUCCGGCACUUUAAAACUGUUUUCGACGGGUCACAUCUGUCGGGCCCGGCAUCGCCUAGACUCACCCCUCAAGAGAAGCUACACCGGCUGAGCAGACACUCUGCCUCCCUGAUGGACAUCAAAGAGGUGAGGAGGGAUUUAAAGGCGGAAUAAAGUCACUGUCAGGUGCUGAAGGAUCUAUGAGAGGUCCUGUUGGCUGCUGUCACUUAUGAUUGAUGUAGAGAAUUGAAAAGAAGAGCCUCAAACUUUGGUAAAAAAAAAAAAAGCUGCAACAGUAACCCAAAGUUUUCUGGUAAUAAACACUAAUUUAUUCAACCGUUUUUUUAUAAUAAGUAGCUGCAAUUGCAAAGUUGAAGAUGAUCGAUGUCAUGUAAGUAGCCAGUUCAAAGAGGUAGAAGAAUCCACAGAGAAGUCGAUAUACCUUAUUUUCUCACUAUAAGGCACACCUGAUUAUAAGGCGCAUCAUCUAUGAACGCGUCUAUUUUCAUUCAUAAGGCGCAUUAAGCCAAACAAAACAGUCAGAUAAGUCAAACUUUUAUUUAAUUCAAUCAAUAACUCAGCGAGGCUAUGGUCGCUGCAGUGCUCCGACAAGCCAAAAGGAUUUUAAGUGCGCCUUAUAGUGCGAAAAAUAUGGUAUCUCUAAUGAUAUUUGACUUCACAUGUACAGAUGUUUUUUUUUAUUAGGGGUGGGAGACAAAAUCAAUUCUCAUAAGUAUCGCAAUUUUUUGUUUUACAAUUUCUAGAAUUGAUUUUUAUGUUCAAAAAUCUUUUUUUUUUUUAAAUUUGAGAAUAAAUUUUAAAAAUUGACUUACAUUUGAUCUGUAUUUUUGGGGAAACAUGGUUCCUUGAAUAGUCAGUAGACAAUCAUAAUCGUUUAACCAUCAUACUGGUGUUAAAAAUUCAGCAUAAAAAUCGAGAAAUAUUGUAGAAUCGCAAUUUAACUCAAAUCAGCGUCCAGAAAGAAGGGGAGGAAAGCAUAUCGUGCCAGUCCUAUUUUUUAUACUUAUGUUUCUUUAUUUUGAUCCCUCAGAAUUCAAAGGUCUUCAAAAGGUUCUCGUCGGUGAUCCCAUCUUCACACAUCCUGGAUGAAGUGGAUGAGGUCCAGCCGGGAGCAGACAGAACAGACAGCACAGACAACACCGCUCCAGACAGACUCAACGGGAUCCAGACAUCUAGUGCUGCAGAAGUCCAGAGGUCCUCCUUAGUGUUCGGAUGUCCUGGCACCACCGGCUUUACCUCCACCUCAACCACCACCACCACCACUACCACUACCACUACCAGCGUGGCACCGAGGGUUCAGCUACGCACCCAGCGCUCCAGGCUCGCGUCACGACCCAUCAGCAUGCCCCUGGAGCGCCUGCCCACCCCCGCACAGAUCAGCGAGCGGAAUAAUCGCAACACUGCCGUGAACGCCGAGACGGGCUCCGCUGAGCAGAACCCGGUCUCUGAGACGAUACAGGAAAUGCCAGAGAAUGAGCGGGCUCGCCAAAGCGGCUCAUCGAGGGUGAGCACGUACUACAUCACUCCUUUCAUCGACACGCAGACGAUGCAGAGGAGGACAUGGGACAGGAAGUACAAGCACUAUGACGUCACACCCAGGACUGCUAUGAUCGUGGCCAACCUGCCUCCUGCCAGCACCGGAGUGCAACCCGUACGGGCGACGAUGCCCGUCACUGUGAAUUUAGCAGCAUCCACGGUUCCUGUGGUCCCUACGACGAGCAGCGUGAGCACCAUCUUCUCCAACAGCCCGUACACAGUGACAGUGAAGCCCAUGUGGACCUCUAAAAGGGAAAAUGACACCAAUAAAUCAGGCAGUGAGUCCAGCAGCUCACAGAACCACCCACUAACACUCAGGGCUCCCAGGACUCUGCAGCCCCCUCCUGGAACUUUCUACAAACCUCCUCUAACCAUAAACAGCAGAGCGAGGACACUCCCAAACUGGACUACAACUGUAACCACCAUCACCACCACCGCCACCGCCUCCUCUCUCACUCCCACUAACCCCUCAGAGGCGAUCACACCGCCCCCUACAGUCACAAGCCCCCACCAGCCACGGCUCCAGAGACAAGACUCAACUGACAGCUCCACCGACCCCAAGGUCUCGACCUCCGCUACCCUCUCGCCCCCUCAGUCCCCUCCCCCAAGCAGCCCCGACGACCUCAGCCCCGGCGAGGCUAAACCCGUGUACCAAAGACUGCGACCGCGGCGGCUGCAGGAGCUGGAGCACAGAGAGGCUCACUUUGUUUGAUGCCAAAAAAAGACGUUUUAUAAAAACCUGUAAAUAUAAAUGUGUUCUUCUGUGCCAUCGUGUAAACUUGGGAAAACCUUUUUUUAUCAUAUAAGCUGAGAGCGGGAGGAGAUGUGGGCCUGUGAAAACCAACCAUGAAAGUGUUAUAAGUACUAAUAUAUUAUAUUUUACAUGUUUUUAAGUCCAAGUGUCAACGUGGUGAGGUAGGCCUUCAAAACGAGUCGAAACUACAAGAAUGAAGCCAACGUUUUGUGUGUAGUGUCAUGUGUUAGAAUAACAAAUACAGUCUCUGUUUUUAUGUCACAGAAAAUGCCAAACACAACUUGACAUUCGUUGGUUUAAGAAUAUAAAAACCUAUCCUUUCUUUUGUUUGACUUGAACAGCAGAGUUCAUGUAAAGUAUGCGUCGUUUUGAAAUUGUAUUUUAUUGUAAUCACACAAUGCACUUAAUGCAGGUUUAAAAAUUCUGUUUUUACCUUUCAAUGUUGAAUUAGUGUUGAGUUUAUUCCAAAAGAAACAGGCCCGAGUGUUUGAAAAGAGGAAGUUCUCUUUAACUCCAGAGUUUGACCGUUCUCUCUGCUGUAGCCUGUGAUUGGUACCUCUUCUCUCAGUAUGUAAACCCUCAUGUAUCUGUUUACGUUUUUAUAUAAAGUCAUACAUACUGCAUGUUUGUCCACAGUAAGUUUGUCUCCUUGUGGUGAUCGUCAUGAUUAUAAAGAUGAAAAUGACAUGCCACAGCUCUUGCUGCGAAUUAAAAAUGUAGUUCAAACUGUUA